GUUGCCCGGCCAGCGCGUCCGACGCGGUGCUUAGGGCCCAGGGUUGCGGGUUCACUCUUCCUGAUGGUCCCCAUCUGGCGGGGGCUGGGCCGGGAAUGGGAGCCGUGCCACCUCGCUGGCUCCUUCCAGGCGGCCUACUGAGGCCUUGAGCGGGUCCCCUCUGGAGCUCCCGUGCGCCCCCGCCCCAUCCCCUGCGCCGAUAGCCGCCCCUCCCUGUGCAGCCCAACUUUCCCGUCCCCACCGCGGCCACAGGCCCCAACGCCUCUAGUCUCCCCUCUCCCCCUGUCUGGUCCGCGGAGGUGGUUGGUUACCAUGGUGAAGCUGGCAGCCAAAUGCAUUCUGGCAGGGGACCCCGCAGUGGGCAAGACCGCCCUGGCGCAGAUCUUCCGCAGCGACGGAGCCCACUUCCAGAAGAACUACACCCUGACAACCGGGGUGGAUUUGGUGGUGAAGACGCUGCCAGUUCCUGACACGGGGGACAGUGUGGAGCUCUUCAUUUUUGACUCCGCUGGCAAGGAGCUGUUUUCGGAAAUGCUGGAUAAAUUGUGGGAGAGUCCCAACGUCCUGUGCCUCGUCUACGACGUGACCAGUGAGCAGUCCUUCCUCAACUGCAGCAAGUGGCUGGAGAAGGCGCGGUCACAGCUGCCAGGCACCUCCCUCCCCGGUGUGUUAGUGGGCAACAAGACGGACCUGGCCAGCAGACGAGCAGUGGAAGCCGCGCAGGCCCAGGCGUGGGCGCUGGGCCAAGGCCUGGAAUGUUUUGAGACAUCCGUGAAGGAGAUGGAAAACUACGAGGCCCCCUUCCAGUGCCUGGCCCGGCAGUUCCACCAGCUGUACCGGGAGAAGCUGGAGGUUUUCCACGCGCUGGCGUGAGGCUGGGUGCUGCGGGCGUGUGCAGUGGCCCCGGCCCCGUGGAAGACGAGAGAAGAUGGCAUUGCCUCGGCACUUCACCUGUUGUGACAGCUUCAAAUAAAAUGAGAAAAUG